GUGGCUGGUGUGAGUAAGCAGCUUGCUGAUGUCAGACAGCCGCCGGUACCGCGCUGCUGCCGCUGCUCUCCUCACUUUCUCCAGUGCCUGCAUCCACGGGAGUAGCUUAUUUCAGCCUCUGCUCCAGCACAUCCAACUGAGCUGAGCCAGUCCGACCCGAGCCAAAUCCUCGCCCCGGGGAGAGAAAGGUUUUACCCUGUCUGAGGAGGUUGCUGCUGCUGUUACUCCACGUCCAGGCCUCCCCCGCCCUCCCCCCCCCUCUGCCAGCCACAGAAGCGUUGGCCCGAUUCCAGGGAGGCUCCGAUCCUGCAGCCACGUCAAUCACGUCUUCACCGCUGGCUGCGGGGCGGCCCUCGUGGCCAGGAUGCCACUGUGUGCCGUGCCAGUCCACAGCGGACGGUGAGGGGCCGGAGGAGGGGACGGAGUGCAGGAGAUUGAAGGGAGGCGGCCCGCACCAAAUGGGAGAGAUGAACCUCUGCUGGAACGAGAUCAAACGCAAGUCCCACAACAUCCGGGUGCGUCUAGAGGCCUUCUCAGACAACAGUGGGAAGCUGCAGCUCUCUCUGCAGGAGAUCAUAGAAUGGCUGACAGCCAAGGACGAGGAGCUGUCGGCGCAGCUGCCCAUAGGAGGCGACGUGGGGGCCGUCCAGCACCAGAGAGAGUUCAACCAGGCCUUCAUGGAAGAUAUCAAGUCGCGCGGGCCGUUCAUCUACUCAGUCUUGGAGUCUGCCCAGGCCUUUCUGGCUCAGCAUCCCUUCCAGGAACCAGAGGAGACCCUGGCCGAUGGAAAAGAGGUGUCUCCGCGCCGGCGAAUCCUAAAUGUGAGCCGCUCGGUGUGGAAGCAGGCGAACGUGGCCAGUGAUCUGUGGGAGAAGCUGACGGCUCGCUGUGUGGACCGCCAUAGACACAUGGAGAUGACACUUGAGCGUCUCCUGCAGACCCAGGCAGCAAUGGAGGAGCUAGCAGUCGCCCUGGAGCAGGCGGAGGGGGUGCGGGCCGCCUGGGAACCCGUCGGAGACCUCUUCAUCGACUCUCUGCAGGACCACAUCGACGCCACCAAGUUAUUUAAGGAGGAGCUGACCCAGGUGAAGGAGGGCAUGAAGCACAUCAAUGAGCUUGCCCACCAGCUGGCUCUCUCAGAUGUACAUUUGUCGAUGGAUAACGCCCGAGCCCUGGAGCAUCUCAACAGCAGAUGGAAAGUGCUGCAGGCUUCCAUAGAGGAGCGGCUGAAGCAGCUCCAGGAUGCACAUAGAGACUUUGGCCCCGGAUCCCAGCACUUCCUUUCUAGUUCAGUGCAGAUACCCUGGGAGCGUGCAAUCUCCCCAAACAAAGUGCCCUACUACAUCAACCAUCAGGCCCAGACAACGUGCUGGGACCAUCCAAAGAUGACAGAACUCUACCAAGCGCUGGCGGAUAUGAACAACAUCAAGUUCUCUGCAUACAGAACAGCCAUGAAGCUGCGGAAAGUUCAGAAGGCUCUGAGAUUGGAUUUGGUGGCGCUGAGCAGCCUCGUGGACGUGUUUCGGGAGCAGGAGCUGCAGCAGGGGGAGCAUGUGAUGGACGUGGUGGAGAUGAUCCACGGUCUGACGUCUCUGUACGAGAAGCUGGAGGAGGAGAGGUCCAUCCUGGUCAACAUUCCUCUUUGCGUCGACAUGUGUCUCAACUGGCUGCUCAACGUCUACGACAGUGCUCGUAAUGGCAAAAUGCGUGCUCUCAGCUUCAAGAUGGGAUUGGUGAGCUUGUGCAAUGCAGACGUCCAAGAGAAGUAUAAAUAUUUAUUCCGUCAGGUGUCUGGUGCAGGAGGUUUGACCGACCAGCGUCACCUCAGCCUGCUGCUCCAUGAAGCCAUCCAGAUCCCCCGACAGUUGGGGGAAGUCGCUGCUUUCGGGGGCAGCAACGUGGAGCCCAGCGUCCGCAGCUGCUUCCGCGUGGCCCCUGGGAAACCUGCCAUCGAGGUGUCUCACUUCCUGGAGUGGAUGAGCCUGGAGCCCCAGUCGAUGGUUUGGCUGCCUGUCCUCCACCGUGUGGCCGCUGCAGAAUCCACCAAGCACCAGGCCAAAUGCUACGUCUGCAAACAGUGUCCCAUCAAAGGCUUCAGGUAG